AUGGCAAAGAGCAACAGCAAGGAAAGGAAGGAAGAGAGCAAGGCACUGCCAGUGUCGACCUCCAAAAAGACAGCAACGCAACUGCGCAAUGCCCGCAAGCGACGAUCGAAACAAAAGACCAAGCCACAACAGUCGCCCACAACAACAUCCGGUCAAGCUUCGGAUCCUUCCGUUCAGUACCUGCACAACCCCAAGUUGGCUCCGUUGGUUCAAACCGCCAAACAAUUCUUUGCGGACAUUUAUGCUGUACAAUUUCCCAUUUACCAAAAGGGUCCCAAAACAGGAUGGAGGACAGUUUCCAAACUUCCUGUACGAACACAGCAAGGCAAAGUCAGUAUUGGCAUGUUCCAGAAACAAUCGCAUCGCAUUAACACGCCUUCCGGGUCCAGUUGUUCUUUUUAUGCAUAUCCAGCCCACCAUCCAUCAAUUAACCAGGCAUUGGUCAGCGUGGCACAGUUGUGUCAAGAAUUGAAUAUUGAUGUGUACAAUGAACACGAUGGAAGUGGGUUUCUCCGCUAUGUUGCCAUGAAUGUAGAGCAAGCUACUGGAAAGGUACAGCUCACCCUCAUUUGGAAGGAUUCUCCCUAUCAGCAAGAACUGGAGAUUGGCAAGAAGAAGAAGAAGAAAAAGAAACGAAAGAAAAAUGACAACACACCUUCAAAAACAUCCUCUUCGGAAGGAAAGAUUCAAUUGGAACGGCUGAUUUCUCAUCUACUCCACAAAAUGGCACCAUCUCAGGAGGAGAAAGACAAAUCGUCAUCUUGGCAAUUGCACAGCUUGUGGGUGCACUUCAAUGCUGCUUGGAAGCAUUCCAAUGCCAUUUUUGACAUUCACAGCACGUCUCCUGAUGCAUGGCUUCAUGUUUACGGACCCAAGACAAUUCCCGAGCAUCUGACGCUGUCAUCAUCAACAUUGACCGUCGCCAAGAAACCUACCUUGCACUUUGGCCCAAACGUAUUUCGACAAGCCAACCUGGGUGCUUUUGCACACAUUGUAGACGCCAUUCGACAAAGGAUUGGACAAGAACGCAACAACGAAAUGCAAUGCGUGGAACUCUACGGGGGUGUUGGCACUAUUGGGUUGAAUCUCUUGGAUUUGCCCAACAUCAAGUCCUUGGUCUGUUCGGAUGAGAAUACCCACAAUCAAGAUUGUUUUGCGAAAGGGUUGGCUUCAUUAGAGUCUUCCUCCGCGAAGGCAACCUACGUUCCACUCAAUGCCACCGACAUGGUCAAGGAUUCACGACGGUUUCUGCAGGACAUGUGUCAUGUCCUCAUUGUGGACCCGCCACGCAAGGGAUUAGAUGAGCCAGUUGUGGAGGCACUGAUAUCCAGCAGUCAUAAGAUACAAUUGCUGGUCUAUGUGAGCUGUGGCUUUGAGGCGUUCCAGCGAGACUACAAGAGCCUCACAGACAAGGAACAGUGGAAACUGGAGCACGCCGAGGGGCACAUUCUUUUCCCUGGUAGUAAUGCCAUCGAGACGUUGGCCUUCUUCACGCACAAGUCUUCCAAGAAGAGAUAG